CGCAGCAGAGACACGGCAGUAGCUCUACCUGUGCCCUGGACCCCGCACACUGCACUGCUGCCGGGCACCGCGAGGAGUCUUCCCCCACAGGCAGGCGGUGCUAUGCCCACUGAGGUCAUGAGUGCGGUGAGGAUGCAGCCCAUCUCCCAGCUGCAGCACCACAGCCCGGUGCUGCCCAUACGGCUGCUCACCCGGGGGCCCGAGUACCUGCGCCGGCAGAUAGAGACUGGCACCCCAGCCCGCAGCACCAUGAGCGCUGUGGAGAGGCUGGCAGCGGACAAGGCCAAGUACGUGAAGAGCCCGAAAGUGGUGGGCGCGGGGGGCAGCUCAGCGUCAGACAGCAGCAGCACCAGCAGCUCCGGGGGCAGCAGCAAGAGCCAGCAGGAAGCGGAUGGCACCCCCGGUAGUCCCACCGGAGCCCCGGUCAGGCGAGGCAGCAGCAAGAGGCUUCUAAGGCCGGACUCGCUGGUCAUCUACAGGCAGAAGAACAGAGGAGAGGCGACCGCCGAGGAUGUCAGGGCCGGACUGGUGAGGAGACUCUUCCUGGGCAGUGCCAAGGAGAAGCCCAUGGUGUCUAUAGUGCCCUCUGGCGGCGAGCAUCGGAAUGACAGGACCCCUAUAAAAGGGAGGCCCGAUUCCCGGUCCGGCCUGCACCGCUCCCAGUCCGACAUCAGCUCCCGUUACUCCCGCUCCUUCUCUGACUUUGACACCUUCUUCAAGUACUGCGGCCUGGAGGCCGAGGUGGUGGAGGAGCUGGGCAAGGACAGGUUCGCGGCGGCCCCCGAGGACUCGCUGGACGUCACGGGUGGGCACCGGCUCCGCAGUGCCAGUGUGGCCACGUCUGACAGCGGCUUCAGCCGCAGGAGCGGCGGGGAGGGCAGCACUGGGGGACUGCAGGAGGACGAGCCCCUCAGCGGGCACCUGGUGGGCAGCAACGGCAACACGUCCGUAGUAGAGCGCAAUGCCAGGAUCAUCAAGUGGCUGUACAGCUGCAAGAAGGCGAAGGAGACCCGGGGGGCGUCCCCUGACCUGCCCUGAGCGCUGCCCCGACAUGGCUCUUUCAGUAUUGUGCCUGCAGCAUCAGGCUGCUGCUUGGGUGCCAAGGGGGAGGUGGGCAUAGCUGCUGGACAGCGCCUGGCUCCACUUAUCAUUGAGGGCACGCUCCCUGUUAGGUGCCAGCCGCCCUGCACUUGAAUCUUGCAUUAGGACUUGUGAGAUUGGAAGUUUUUUUUGCUGCUGUGAGAUUGUCGUCGUCGUGUUUUAUGUAUAGUGUAUGUGUGCCCCGCUCUGUAGGUGCCCGGACGUGGGUGGGUACCUGGCAGCGGGCAUCUCUACGGUGACUACUGUUGCUUUGUUUCUGCUUGAAUGUAUCAUAGUUCAAUGUGAUGAUGGCAGAUGUAGCAGAGCUGGGCUGCGCUCCCGGAUAACCCUGUGUGUUCUGGCAUGGGGGCACUAAGUGACAGGCUCAGCUCUGCUACAUCUGUGUCACUGGUGCACGUUGUAUCAGACGCUAGAGAAUUGCUUAACGAAUGACGACAAAAUAUUGUGUUAUUAAGGUAACGCUCCCUGUACAGUAACCUGGGGGCAGGACCCGCACUGUUCCCCCUCCGACUACAUGCUGCUGUUUAUGGUAGUCAGUGGAUGACAGGCGAUCCUUUGUCUAGAGCAGGGGUCAGCGACUGCCGGCACUACAAUUCCCAGCGGGCACACUAGCAAUAGAUGUGAAUGGAGCAU